AGUCGAGCAAUUAGAGCUUCAACACCGGUCGUCCACAUUUUUUCGGAAAAAGUCAUUCGCUCCAGCACUCGAUGAUGAGUGAAAUCGAGCACAGUGGUAGUCGGAGCGCCAGCCCCCGAAGAUCCCGAGCAGUUGACGAUGGUAUUCGUGACUCUCGUUCACGUUCAAGGUCACGCGACCGCAAGGAUACCCACAGACCCGUAAAAGAGUACUCGAGGUCACGAAGUCGUUCAGUGUCACGUGGACGUAAAUCCUAUCGAAAUGCCAAAUACUCAGCUGGACGAAGUCGUAGUCGUGGUAGAUCACCCUAUCGUAGUGGCGGUGGACGUUACUCCAGGAGCAGAUCAAGGUCGUAUUCACGAUCGAGAUACUCGAGGGAGAGGGACAGAAAUAUCUAUCGCUCUCACUCGAGGAGUCCAAUGUCGUCGAGACGAAGACACGUGGGGAAUCGGGAUAAUCCGUGUCCCUCGAGGUGUCUCGGUGUCUUUGGACUCUCUAUUUACACGACUGAACUACAGAUUCAUCAUAUUUUCUCGAAGUAUGGACCUGUUGAACGUGUGCAAGUCGUUAAUGAUGCUAAGACUGGACGGUCUAGAGGCUUUUGCUUUGUAUAUUUUGAAUCGAGUGAGGAUGCCAAAGUUGCCAAGGAGCAAUGCUCGGGGAUGGAAAUGGAUGGAAGACGAAUCAGAGUUGAUUUUUCGAUAACUCAACGUGCCCACACACCCACCCCUGGUAUUUACAUGGGAAAACCCACUCAUUUGCAUGACAAGGGGUGGAGUGGACCCAGACGUAGAGAAAGCUCUAGCUACAGAGGAAGUUAUCGACGCUCCCCGAGUCCCCACUACAAUCGUCGCAGAACACGUUACGAUCGUACCAGAUCACGCUCUUACUCUCCACGUCGAUAUUAAACUGAGCGAUCGAGAAGGCCAGGUGUUUCGGGAGCCAUUUAUCUCUGAACUUUAAUCCCCCCCUGCCCCUAUUUUUUUUGAAUUUAUUGUCUUUUUCUUAAUUCGAAAAAGCAAAUGCGAGCGAUUUUAUGGCUUGAUUAGAUUUUUUUCUAUUGAGGGGUCGGAUUGACGUGCACGUGGGGCAUUCCUAGAGUCCAGUGGAUUCUCGUCUUACUUUGUCUUGGAGGUUUCGGGGAGGGAGGAGGCUAUGGUGAUGGUGUUGGAUUUAAUAGCACAGAAUGAGUCAAUUUUCAUUUUUUUUUCUUUAUUCAAUUUUCGAGUGGUUCUGGGUAAACAUAUUGGGACACUUUUUUUAUGUAGAAUUACUUGAAAUUUUGAGAUCAAUCUAUCUACUAGCUUCAGAAUAAUUCGCAAAAAUAUGGAAUUAUAAUUGAGGAGUUAUUUUUAUUUUUAUUUAGAACUGGGAGUAAUUGAAUUUAUCUUGACUACGAGUGGUUUUUGAAAAAAUAUCAGGAGAGAUUUCUUUACUGAGAAUUUCGUAAUUCACGAAGAAAAAUUUCUUGACAUUUUUUUCCAGAAUCAUUCGUUGUCGAGAUAAUUUCAUUCAUUAGAUCUUUUUUCUUCAAGAUUGAAACAAUAAUAGUCAAUUGAGAAAAAAAAGAGGUUUUUGUCUCUGAAAAAUAAAUUUGAAAAUCUGUUGUAGAGCAGAACGAGACCCAAAUGCUCAUCUGUUCUGAAAUUGUCCCAUUCUGUUCUUAAUUCAUCAUAUUUCGCCAUUGCAAUCUUUUUUUGAAAAAAAAUCCCCAAAAUAUGCACUUGAGGCACAGUAAGGUGGGAAUAGUGGGAGGCCUUAUUUUCGUGAAAAAAAUUAUUUUUUUCCCUUUUUUAUUAUGAGAAUAAGGUUGAGGGGGAUCUAUAUUCUUACGGCUAUAAUGUAAAGGUUGGAAUAUGAUGGAAAUAUCGAUUUUCAUACGAAAUUACUAGUUUUUUAAUUGAACUGAUCAAUAGUUCUCGAUUUAUUGAUUCUGUGGAGGGAUCAAACGGAUUAAUCUGGGGUCGACAGUCACCCCAGGUGGUGGCCCGGAAGAUAUUGUGUUGCAGGUUGAAAACACAAUAUUAGGAAAUCUUUAUCUCCAGUAGUCUCUCCAAACUUUGAAAAAAAAAAAAAAAUUGUGAUAAACUUCCUUUUGGAUUCAUGAAGAAACUGCUGGAGAUAAAGACCUCGUCAUAAUGUGUUUUCUACCUGGAAUUUCCUUAGCUAUCGACGUAGACGACUUCUAGAUUGUCCAAACAGUGUUUAAACAAUCCAACAGUAAAAUUUCAAAACGUAAAAACUCGAUUUUUACACGUGUUCAAUUUAAAAUGUGACUUUAUCUCGUUAAUGAGUGGCUCUGGUGGAAAACUUCACACGACAUUUUUUGUGGGAAAUUUCACGAUCUGCCAAAAGGGAUUUGUGACUUUUUCCCCUAGAUCUACUCGUUUCCCAGAUAAAUCCACAAUUACAAAUUAUGUUUUACGAUUGCACAAAAUUUAUGCCGUUUCAUCCUUCCACGAACGAAUGAUAGUAGAACGUUAAAGACAGUUAUAUUCCAACCGUAUUGAUAAGUAUCCUACCUUCCCCAUUCUCGAGGGUACGACACUACUAAUGUGGUAAUUUUCCUUUUGAAAAAUAAAAAAAAACAAUUACAAACCAUUUAUUAUAAUAACUAAUUACUAUAAAAAUAUAAUACAUAUGAAAAGCAACAUUGUAACUUCUCUAACAUAUUUGUUUGUUUAUAAGGUUUUGAAUCAAGAGGUAUUGGAUGAUAGAGGGAAGUUUGAAGUUUAAAAAACCUUGAAAAAUUGUAUGGGCAAGAAAUCAUGAAGAUUAUUAGCAGAUAACAAGACAAAAAAUUGAUAAAAUUCAAUGUUCAAGAAAUAUCAGAGUCGAGUUUUAAAUUAUCUCGUGACAAAGAAUAUGAUCUACAGUUUGACGUCAAGAGAAGUCUUGGAGACUUGAAGAAUGAAAAAUCUGUUCAACGUAUGAAGUUUUGAGGGAUAUAAACGUCAUCAAGAGACGGAAAAAUUGAAAAAAAAAGUACAUUUGAAAGAGAUUCGAGUCGUGGUCACCUGAAGUAUUCAAGAUGUUCGUCGAUUAUUCACUUUCAAGAGUACAUUAUUCUCCGCUGAUCAUAUUCUUUAUCAGUUUGAAACGAAUUCAACGACAGGAUUAUGAUGAAAAAGAAGGCACAUUGAAGAAAAUGAAGCUAUGAGAACUAUUCAAUAAAAGUGGAAAGUUAUAAAUUUA